AUGAUCUCCCACUUAUUAAGAACAUCAGUUUUUUCUCAAUUUGUUACACAAUACAAACUUGUUAAUAAUAAAAUUGUUACUCAAUCACCUAACGUAAUUCCACGAUAUUUCCCCUCUUAUUCCUCGAACCCCAAAGGAUUGUACUAUCCAUUAUAUUGCAAGUAUCAGCUUCUGAAAUACAAGCCUUGGAAAAACUCUCAAAAUGAUGCAUGGAACUAUGAAACACCUUCAGAUGCUGUGUAUGCCAAUGCAUGGUUGGCCUUUCUGAAUUCUCCAGUUGCAUCCAAAUGCGUUCCAAAUUGGGAAAAACAGUUGGAAAAUGUCUUGGAUAAUGUAGUGCAAAAAAGUGAUGGUGAGUUUCAUAGUGAAAAUGAGAACAAAAGUAUUGUUCAAGAGGAAUGGAUGAUUCUGUCCACUUAUCAUAAACUUAAUGACAAUCAUAAAAAUGUGAAAACUUGUACAAUUGGCAAUUGGACUCUGCAAAGUACACAAUUGAGCAAAUAG